AUGAGAUUGAUUUGAGAUUACAAACCCAUCCCAAGGAAAACAUCCUACUACCGGUUAACAAGGAGCGUGUAAUAGUCGGUAUUACAGGAGUAAUCCAGAUUUGAGGACAUUUGCGUCUUUGACUUUGGGAUUUAGGAACCCUGGAAAGAAACCGCCGGGCAUUUGCUCAUCUAAGACAUCGACUACUUGACAUCGGCGAAGUCAACUCCCAAGUGGCCAACGCCGCCUGCCGCCUUCCGCCUUCACGGCUGCCUCCGAUUCUUAUUCCUAUCUAGCGCACCGCUCCUUCCGUCCUUCCGAGCACGCCAUAAAAGGAAUGCGAGAAACGGAUGGCUUCAAUUCCGACCAGUCCUUGUUUUCCCAACUUUAGGGCUUUUCAUUCUUCACAGUAUUCGUGUAACCAGAAGACUCGGAUUGAGAUGAUGCUGACCUCGAAUUCCAUUCGCUCUCUUCCCCGGCGGCCUCUCCUCUCCUCUUCAAUUCCUAAUUUAAAGGUUCCAAAAUUUGAUCCGAAGCUCAUUUCUCUUGCCCCCCAAUGCUCUAUAUUCUGCCAAACCCUUCUACAGCUUUCUAGAAAGAACGAGAGAAUAUCAUGCUUUAAGAAUGAAGAAUAUUCUUACGGCGACUCCCAUUAUGAGGUGAAUGAGCAGAUUUUACAUGAAGAGCAACACAUAGUGUCUGAAAGUGAUAAUUUAAGCGUUGGGAAAAGAGACUGGGUUUCAUUUUUUCUAAAGGCUCCAGAUGCAUUGCGUAGAGUGAUUGGAGAACCCUGGAAUGUCCCAUGGUCGGCAGAGACAAUUUUUCAGGUUAUGCUCCUUUGGAUUGUAUCUUUCUGGUUUAUUGGUUCAUGGAUGAUUCCCUUUGGAGCACACAUGAUGGGAUUCAAUAAAGAAUCACUUACAUUUAGAGGACAGGCUUUGUUCAGCCUUCUGACUGAUAUAACUGAGGGCCUUGCUGGAAUUUUGAUUCUUCGGCGGUGCUUAUCUCGUUUUCGCCCGCUUCCACGUGAUUGGUUUAAAUUUAGCAUGAAAGGAAACUGGCUUCUUGAUCUAAUCUUGGGAUGCUUCAUGUUUCCACUUGUAAACCGCCUGUCACAACUUAACCUCAACCUACUUCCUGUGCUACCUUCUACUCCUGUGACACUCUCUAGUGUUGAGCAAUCCAUAAUGGCGAGAGAUCCUGUGGCUAUGUCACUUUAUGCAUUAGUACUGGUGGUGUGUGCUCCUAUGUGGGAAGAAGUUGUAUUUAGAGGCUUCCUUCUCCCUUCAUUGACAAAGUACAUGCCGGUAUGGUGCUCAGUUCUUAUAAGUUCAAUCGCCUUCGCUUUGGCCCAUUUUAAUGUACAGAGAAUGUUACCCCUAAUGUUUCUUGGGGUUGUUAUGGGUAUUAUAUACGCUAGGUCCAGGAACCUGCUACCUUCCAUACUCUUGCACAGUAUGUGGAAUGGCUUUGUGUUCUUAGAUUUGAUGAAGUAACCAAAUCCUUGCAUUACCAAGUGUUGUAUAUAGUGAAACUCUCCGCCUUCAGCAGCUUUUACCAGAAGACAUAGGAUUGAGUUUGUUAAUUAUUCAGUGGAAGACAUUCUUUUAUCUGACAAAUCUGUUGCAUAGAGGAGGAUUGAGUAACAUCGUGUUGUGGGUCAUCAGUUGAAGAUUGGAGAGGGUUUUUUGUAUGUAGUGGACAUGCAUUGUUUUAAUUGGUGUCAUAAUAAAACUGAUAUUGUUUAACUUGAUUGAAGCUAAUUAUAUCCCAUCCCAUGAGA